GUUUGGCUAUGGAGGAAAAUUGGCGCCCACCGUCGAGGGACGAAUUCCGGGAGAUGGAAGCUCGAAACAUUCCCGAGGUUUUUCCAGGGAUUCUGCGGCAAUGGCCCGCAUUUGAGCGGUGGAAUCCAGCCACUGGCGGUGUCGAGCAUCUUAAGGAAAUCGCAGGAGAACCUCUAGUGCAAGCAAUGGUGAGCAGCGAUGGCUCUACGUUCUUCGGUGAUAUUAGAAGCCAUGAAAGAGUAGCGUUGCCUUUUAGAGAAUAUCUAGACAUGGUUUUGUCACCUGGAGAGCACAACGAUCACUUUUAUCUGGCACAGGUUCCUAUACGCGUGAAAGACUCAACCGAGAAACCUCCGCUCGCUUCUCUGGAAUCCGAGAUAUCCCUGCCAGAGUUCCUGGACGAGGAUGCGGUCUCAAACAUCAACCUUUGGAUGAGUUCGACGUCUUCUCGAUCAAGCAUACAUUAUGAUCCAUACCACAAUGUUCUUGGAGUCGUGACGGGUCAGAAGAAGUUACCCUGUGGCCUCCUGAUGCGGCGCCAUAUCUGUACCCCAAGCCACUGUAUGGAGAAGCUUCGAACCAUAGCGAGGUGAACUUUGUAGAACCAGACUACCAAAAAUUUCCACGCUUUAGAGAUGCAUUAAAAGACAGUCGGG